ACUACGGUCACACUGGUCACACAAGUAAUAACAUUGGGAGAGAUACAAGUGAAAAGUAGAAGAAAAAAAGUUAAAAAUUUAGACACGGUUGAAAUCGAAGCGAAAGGCUCGUGCAAGUAAGCCGAGCAAUAGACGUAAUCAAUUCGGUGAUUGGUUGAGAAAAUGUUUGACAAACAGUAGAUUUCCAACCGCGUCCUUACAUACUCCCCACACACACACACACACUCACACGCGAACGCGAUUUGCCAUCGUAGCUGCGCCUCCUUUCACGCACACCUUUGAACGGGCAUCGCAGUUUUUUUUUUGUCGCAGCUGCAACGCAAAUUCCAAAAAGGAUUCGCAAAAACGAUCGGGAUUAUCUUGGCUUCGACUUCAAGGCGGCUGGCUAACCGCAAAGGUGCGCAAGUUUAGCAUAAAGCUAAUCAAUAUUGAUUUUGGUUUUCGGUGUCUCUACUUUGGAUGGCUUCCAACUGAUGUUCUGAUGUUCUAGGGAGUUUGCCUGGUUUCUGACCCAGAGUGUAGGGUCGUUCGACACUAGCAUGUUCACUCCCAUCAAGAAGAUAUUCACGUAUAUACAAAAAAAUGCCAGCGGCUCAAACAUGUUCAGUCCACAAACGAACACUGCAGGCCAAAGGGAAGCCGGAGCUUCCGACCCAACUGCCCACGAAGAAGGCGCAGAAAGAGACCAGAUUGGAGACCGGGAGGAUGAAAGCGGACUAGAUCGAGAUGAGAAGAGGCAGUUGCUGAUGCAGCAACAGUUGGUGGCCGACGACGAGUUCGACAUUGAGCGACAGAUCAAGACCUCAAUUAUUGAUGCUACCAAAGUGCAUGCGGCCAAGGCAAAGGCAAUGGGUACUCUCCCUCUGCCGCUGGAGCAGCUGGACGACGAGCUGGCGGACUUCGCCCACGGUCCAGCCGAUCCCGAGCUCGAGGAGCAGUUCCUGGAGCUCGAUAACUUUCCGAACAAUGAGAUUAUUGUUCUGAGCGAUGCGGAUCUAAAUUCUUCAAUAGCUUCGGAUGCCGUCUCGGAGGAUCCGCUGGCUAUCGAUAAUAUUCUGGACUCUUCCUCGGUGACCACAAACGAAGAGGCUGACACCAGUGGCGAAUUACUUUGGCUAAAGCUGGACAACGAAAAGGAGAUAGCUCCGAGUGCAGCAGAAGCCACCAGUUCCGGACAGCCACCUCAGGAGCCCGCUAAGCAAGUGAAAACCAAGGAAGACGAGCUAAGGGAUGGCGGCUCGGAUUCUGGCCUAGGCAGCGAAACGACCGCUUUGGUGAAAGGUAAACCGGAUAAAGAACCCGAGCCGGAGCCAAGCGAUCCGCAGGAAACCAAACCAACAAGAUCCAAUCUCAAACGGAGAUUGGAGGACAACGAGAGCGAUGUUAUCGACUUGCCCGACAUGUCAGCUCAACCUGUGGCGUCUCAAAAGCGAGCCAAGCGCUCGAUAAACUUCGAUCAGGUGAAGGUCUACUAUUUUCCCAGGCAACAGGGCUUCAGUUGUGUGCCGACAGCUGGCGGAUGUACCCUGGGUAUGGGUGCCAGGCACGUAGCUUUUAAAACCAUGACUCUCGCGGAGCACGCGGCGGAGUUGAGGCGAGCACAUCGUAACCAAAAUCAGGAUCUGCAAGCGCGCGGCUCGAGCAGUGACGACAGCGAGGAAUCUGAGGAGGAUUACUUGAGCGAGGGAAGUGGCUCUGAUGCGGACGAUGGGUCCAACGGCUUCCUGCAGCCUGUGACCCCGAAACAAAGAAGAGCUCUCCUCAAAGCGGCCGGGGUACGGAAGAUCGAUGCCAGCGAGAAAAGCGAGUGCCGGGACAUCCGGAACUCUCGGGAGGUUUGCGGCUGUUCGUGCAGGGAGUUCUGUGACCCGGAAACCUGCGCCUGCAGCCAAGCUGGAAUUAAAUGCCAAGUCGACCGGGCCAUGUUUCCCUGUGGAUGCACUCGCGAAGCUUGCGGAAACACUGUCGGACGCGUGGAGUUCAAUCCCACCAGGGUGCGCACUCACUACAUUCACACGGUUAUGAGGCUGGACUUGGAACAGCGUCAGGGCUCGGUGCAGGGCAUACAAGGAGGACACCUCCAACAGCAACAACAACAGCAGCAGCAGUCGCACCAGGCCAUGAGCAGCUAUUCGCCCGUGGGAACAGGCAACGCCGCAUCCACGUACUUCCUGCAAACACAAUCCAACUACAGUUCGGGUUACGCCUCGCCAGCGUACACGCCCGAAAGCAGCGUGAGCUACUACCAGCAGCAGGUGCAACAGCAGCAGAGUCCUGGCAACACGACAAGUGCAUCGCAACAGACGCAGACGCAGGGAUACGCGACCUACGGCCAGUUGGACAGCCUGGACUCGGGCCUUUUCGCUAGUGGAAGCAAUGCCACACCCUCCUACGGAGAGCUUUAUCAGUCGCUCAGCUACGGUGGCGCUCAGAUAACGUCCUAUUCGGCCACAUACCAAUCACACUCAUCAUCAUCAGCAGUCGUGGCUGCAGCCGCAGGAACAGUUAGCUCCUGUGCCUACAGCUCGUGUGCUGUACCCUCGGCCCCGCCGUACGGAAAUGCCACCACAACGGCAUCCAGCAAUGCUCCCUAUCAGACCACCGCCGCCUCUAUGACCGCAGCUUCGACCCCCGCGCAGUCGCGUCUCAUUGGAAACCCCACAGCCACUGCUGCCUCGACCUCGCCAGCCACCGGUACCGCUUCCUCCUCUUCUUCGGAUUUUAUCAGUCUAAGCACACCGAUCGCCAGUUCCUCGCGUCUCUCCCAAAUCAAUGAUCUGCUGCAGCACAAUCGCAACACCACCGCCGCCUUGGUGGCAGUGUCCGAAGAAUAUAGUGGUGGUGGUGCUGUGCGAUCCACCGCCGGUGCGACAACCGUCGACUCCAUUGACACGCCGCCCAUUGUCGAAGAUGGCCAGCGGGGUUGCAUGUCGUUUGAGGGCCUGCCGCCUCCUCUAGUAACGCCCGCGCCCAUUGUGGCCGUUGUGGAAAGCAAAUUGCCUCCAAUGACCACGUUGCCUCUGCCGGCCGCGGCUCCGGUGCCGCCAUCUGCCCCACAACCGCGCCAGCCGCUCGAUCAGCACCAUCAGUCCAUUGGGGAGUCCUCAAAAAUAUCAGGGCUUGUGGUGGGUCUAGUAGGUACAAAAUAUUAUCGAUUGAGGAUUCUUGGGUGUUGUUGUCUUGUCUUAAAUACCCGACGAAUAUAG